CAACACUGCUCCGGACGUCGAUAACUUGUUCGCUCGUAGUAAUACGGACAUGUAUUGAAUUAAGUAUGAGGAAUUCUCUCCCCAUGGUAGGGUCUUUGGAAAUUGAUGUUAUUUACGAGUCAUUUGACAGUGACCAUAGUAGACCGAAGUGUCUUAGCUGACAACUUCAAAGUAACAGGUCAGAGGCAAUCCUAUCUGUUACCUUAAAAGGUUGUUAGAAAUGAUAAUUAAUGCUCUGUGACCAGCCAGAGAGAUGUCACAGCCGACCGAAUGGUGUCCAUCAGCAGAAGCAGAAUCAUGACAACGUUCAAGCACUUUAAAGAAAGGUAGCCUACUGAAAGUUUUUUAUUUCAGAGACUGGAAAAACGUCAGAGGUUAGUUAUGGCGAAUGUAUUGAACAACCAUUGGGCACUGUGUGGCCAAGUGGCAUGGUUGUUUGUAGCCCUUUUCAUACCCUGGACUGGCCUUUGUGCAGAAGAGCUAAAACAGACAAGAUGGCCAUUGUUUUCCAAAAAGCCGAUUCUCCUGGCCUGGAAUGCCCCAACAAAGGACUGUUUCCCACGUCAUGGUAUACACUUUCCUCUGGAGCAAUUUCAGAUUGUGGCAUACCCAACUGAGGGGUUUGUUGGACAGAACCUCACAAUAUUUUACAAGGAUCGACUUGGCUUGUAUCCUUAUUAUGAGCCCGAUGGCACUGCUGUCAACGGCGGCCUCCCACAGGUCGUCAGCCUCUCCCAGCACUAUGAGAAGAUACCGACGGGAUUGAAGAAGUAUAUACGGGAGCCAGGGUCCAAAGGCCUGGCUGUCAUCGACUGGGAGGAAUGGCGCCCACUGUGGAUUCGAAACUGGAACAGCAAGGAUGUGUAUAGAGAAAAGUCUCGACUUAUGGUGGCCCAAAAGAACCCAGAAUGGCUCCCUGAACGGGUAGGGAAAGUUGCCCAGCAAGAAUUUGAGCUGUCCGCUCAGAAAUUCAUGCUGGAGACUCUGAAACUUGCCAAAAGCCUGAGGCCACACCAGUUAUGGGGGUUCUACCUGUUCCCCGAUUGCUACAACCAUGACUACACCAGUGACCCGAACAGGUACACCGGGCGCUGUCCUGAUCUGGAGGAGAAGCGGAACGACCAGCUCAGCUGGCUGUGGACUGAGAGCACGGCACUGUUCCCCUCCAUCUACAUUGCCUCAGUACUGCGCUCCACAACUUUCGGGCGGCGCUUUGUGCGUCACAGGGUAACAGAGGGAAUGCGCCUGGCCUCGACCGGGGACGGAGUGGCACGGCCUGUGUUUGUUUACACCCGGCCCACCUAUACCAAUGAGCUGACCCUGCUCACCGAGAUGGAUUUGGUAUCGACCAUCGGAGAGAGCGUCGCGCUGGGGGUGGCAGGUGUCAUCCUGUGGGGAGACGCCAGCUAUGCAAGCAGUAAAGGAAACUGUUUCCGCCUCUCUGAGUAUCUCCGCGGGCCGCUGGGCCGAUACCUUCUCAACGUCUCCACCUCGGCCGAGCGGUGCAGUGGCGUGCUGUGUCAUUCCCACGGCCGCUGUCUGCGCAGGAAUCCCGACACAGACACAUACCUACACCUGAACCCCCUGAGCCAUAGCAUUACACUGCAGGACGGGCGAUGGAAGGUAACUGGUAAGGCAGGCCAGACCGAGCUGGUAGACUUCCGCACACAUUUCCAGUGCCAAUGCUACAGUGGAUACAGAGGGGAAGGCUGCGGCCUUAAAGAAAAAGAAGAGAAUAGAGCCAUCUCUUUCCUGGGUGCUUGGCCCCUGAGUCUUAUUCUCCCACUAGGUCUCCUCACCUUGCUACACUGAACGAACCCUGAUCAAAGACCAGUUAUCUCUACAUGUCGAGGAGGUAUACAAUGAGAUGGGCGUCGGAUCAAAGGCCUUAUGAAACAAACAUUGAUGAUCCUCAUUCAUCUGAACCAUGGACCCGCCGCUCACCACAGAACGUGUGAACACUGAACACUUUACAGGCAUUGCUCCUCGCCGCCAUGCUUCUUGGGGCCUUUGCUUUUUUCUCUGUAAAUUGCAAGUUUGGUCAUUUAAUCAGCCAAAGAAGAUCAGUAGGACUUGAGAGUUUCAUUUAAUUUCCCAUGCAUUGUCAUUGCAUGUGAUGCAAGGAGAAGGAGACUAAGGUCAGUGCUUAGAAUCAGAGAAUUAAACUCAAAGUCCACUUGUACCUAGUUUAUUUGGCAAAAUAAAUGAGCAUACAUGCAGAGAAGAGGCGAAGAGGUUCUGGUGGACAUUUGGGGAUUUUCAUUUUGUUUCUAAGCACUGACCUCAGCAUAAUUGUCAUUGCAUCACGUGCAACUAGCUAGGUAGUUGGUUGCAUGUGUUGGAAUGACAAUGUCUUAUUUCCUUAUUCUAAGCACUGACCUCAACAACAUUGUGAUUGCAUCACACGCAUUUUUAUACAGUUUUAUAUUAUAAAUAUUAUAUUUAUAUUGUAAGAUAUACAGUGUGCGUAUAGGUUUUAUGUGCCAAUCGUUGCUACUGCCUGCAAAGAAGCUAAUGCUUUGGGGAUGCAUCUAAGCAAGGUUUAGAAAGCCAUCCUGAAGCUUUGCAUCUGGUUCAUUGAUAUCCUGGGCAUCAAUUAACAAUUGUGCCUUAAUCGAGACUGAAGCCCACUUAAAAGUCCAACUAAUGAUUCUGAUGUGUAGUAUUCCAUCUUAUCUAUCGGAAAUCUUGUUUGUUUUGAUGUAUUUUUUUAGCUUGCUGCAACAGUGAUUCUCUAAGUUGUACUAAUAAUGCAGGUCAUAAACCAACAUCAAAUGAAUUCUAAAGCUAUUGAUUGGUUGGUUGUACUAAUUCAUGCACAUAAUCUUCUGCAUUGUGUUCUAGAAUUGUGACUCAUUUGCACUGGGAUAUUUUCAGCUGGCUUUCAAUAUUUAUUAAAUUUAUAAUUUGGUCCUGAUAAAUCAUCAA